AUGGGUUCGUCCACUCAGUCCCGGUCGAGAUCCCCUGCCGGUAGUGGCAGCACCACUGAGAGCACGGCUCCCCGACGACACCGACGGCAAGGCAAUGAGGACCAUCGAAGGCGGGAGGAGAAUGUUGACCGUAGGAGACGAGACGAUGGGGAUUAUCGAAGGCGAAAUUAUGAUGAUCAUAAGCCUAGGCGUCGAGACGACCGCUCUGACCGUCUACCUAGUGGUGGGUCUUACUACGACGUCCGUUCCUCUCGUGACCCCUCUAACGGUACGGCAUCACUACACUACGUGAACAGCAGCCCUCGAGUGGGCAGUAAACAGGACGAGAGUCGUAGCCGUGAAGUUAGUGAUCAACUCCAUCGACGGCGCCGCGAAGAUAGUCGCCCUCGACCCCGAGGGGCCACCAGCGGUCCUGGUCCGGUCGACGAGUCUAUAGAUGGUCUCCCGCGUGAUGCCAAGACUCAGUCCAUCGUGCCUCCUCUCAAGGUGAAGCCUAUGGUUGAGUUUGGCAAAGCUGUAAGGCCAGACCCCCGGGCUACUGCUGAGAAGGGCAAUGUAUUGGAGCUCAAUUGCGACUGUCCCCGGAAGUACGUCUCUGAUGGUCGCCCUCUACGUGAACCGGCAUGGCUAUCGAGGGUCCGGUGGGACGAGCCAACCUUCGAGGAACACAUUUUGUUGAAGCGGGAGUUCGCCCCGCGAGCUGUUGCCAAUGCUCGGGGCCAGGCAAUGGUACCUCCUCCGACGGUGUCCCAUGGCUCUACUUUGGAUGGGUCUUGGCACGAGACGUGGCCCAACGAUGUUGACUGUCGGAUUAUAUGUGUAUUGCGAUUGCCCGACUUGGUUUCUUCGGAUGAGACCUUCCUGCGUGCUGCUAGGGAGGCAAUUCCUCAUCAUUCGCGGGCGCGUGUCGCCCUCCAGAAGGCUGUGGUCAUCAGAGCCUCUGGCAUUGGUGGUUCGGUGGUUCCGGCGAAGUGUGGCUAUUUAGUUUUCCGUUCACGACGUGACGCUCACGAGUGUUGGUCUCUCCAGCACCUCAAGCUCUACGGCUACGUUUGCCCGCUUAUUGCGGACCCUACAGCCUUCAGAAUACUUUGUCAAAUUGCACUGGUUCUCAAACUUUAUGAAGGAAAUUCGGUUGGUGCUACUUCUAGCCUUACAGCCCGACUGGUGCCAGAAGCCAGUCCCUCGAUGCCCCCACUACCCCCACCCCAAGCGACCAUCACUAGUACUAAGUUUGGUGGAGGGUUGUCCUCGCGAAAGCCUCUACCCAGCACUGCUCGGGGGGCCGACACCAGUAGCGGUGUAGCUGCUGGUGGUACUUCUAGGGGACGGUUUGUCCUUAGGGGCCUGAAAGAGAGCUUGCAACGGCUUAAAGGUCCGCCCGUAGAUGCUUGUGGGAAUUGCUCAGCGAGUGCGGUUAGAUAUAGUCGUCUUGAUCAGCGUGAUGGCGCUGUUGUUGGGAGGUCAGAGUAUGUUCGAGCGGAGACUUCCUCCGAUGGUCAAAGCCAAAAGCUCAACAUUGGCCUCACCAAGGACCGGAAUGUGGUGGUAUUGGAGACCAACGAUGACACCAACUUGGCCGACUGGCGGCCCGAAUGGGUACUCAGAGACUGGAGUUGGGGUUGUCGACCUAUGUCUGUGGCCUUAGCUGAGAAGGAGUCCGCUGAUGGCGAGAUAGACCCCGCUGAGCUCUCUGAUUACAGCACGUACAGCGCCCCGGAUAUGAGCGUGUUCAAGCCUGUUCGGUCGGUACCAUUGACAGGAGGAACGUCACCGCAGAGCAAGGCCCGAUCGGGUGCUACCAGCCGGAAGAGUAAAAAGUCCAAGAAGGAGAAAAAGAAGAAACGGAGGACUAGCCAUGAACUUGCAGCGAGACUCGCAGGAGAAGGGAAGGCUGAAGGCGCUACCACCAAGGCAUCAACGUCCACAGCGAGGGUGCAGGCCGGGAGCUGA